UUGCAGCGCGCACUUGAAAAUGAUCAGCUGACUCUGCUGCCACAGAGAUAUCUUGUAUGACUGGCUUCCCUCUUACAUUUCUGUAUGAUUUUGUUGUCCUUCAUAAUUAUUGUCGGUUACUGCCAAAUCAGUUUGAGCUCUGAUCAGGUUCUGUUCUUUUAAUCGAGAAAGAUGUAUCAUACUGGCAUUAGAGUUUCCUCACAAGUAGUUCCGCUCUUAUGUUUUGUCUUCGUGGUAAUAUCAACACAGACUGUCGACGCGAAGAAUUCAGAAGACAUUAGAUGCAAGUGCAUCUGUCCCCCUUACAAAGACAUACAGGGGCAGAUUUACAACCAAAAUGUGUCCCUAAAGGACUGCAACUGUCUUCAUGUUGUGGAACCGAUGCCAGUGGAAGGAAAGGAUGUGGAGGCUUACUGUCUGCGAUGUGAAUGCAAGUAUGAAGAGAGAAGUUCUGGAACUAUCAAAGGGACGAUUAUUGUGUACCUGUCCAUCUUGGGCCUGCUGUUGUUAUACAUGGUUUACCUGACCCUCCUGGAGCCCAUUUUGAAGAGGAGACUCUUUGGCCAUUCUCAGCUGAUACAGAAUGAAGAUGAUGUUGGGGACCAGCAGCCGUUCGCUAACGCGCACGAUGUGCUGUCGCGCUCGCGCCUGCGUCCCAACAUGCUGAAUAAGGUGGAGCAUGCUCAGCAGCGCUGGAGGAGGCAGGUGCAAGAGCAGCGCAAGUCUGUCUUCGACCGCCACGUCGUCCUCAGCUAAUCCCACUCCGCCUCCUCGGCCCUCUCCCCCCGUCUGCCCCUCUCCUACACUCACACACACACUCACACACACACUCACACUCACACACUCACUCCCCUGUUAGACCUGUGGCAGCGAGAUCACUGUGACUGGAACUGGCCCAUUCAUGCAUUCCCCUGAACAGCACUAUCUCCUCUGGUCCAUCAUUCCAUAGUGUUCCACACAGCUGCUCCUGGGGCACUGUCUCUUUGUGUUAACAAUCUCAUUGACGUAGGUCUGUGGAAGUGAUCUGGUGUGUUUGUGUGUGUGUGUGUGUGUGUGAGAGAGAGUGUGAGUGUGUGAGUGAGUGUGUGUGUGUGUGUGUGUGUGUGUGUGUUGAAGCUCAUUCAUAUGAACUUCAUUCAUCAGGCUUUUAGUUGAGCUCACCAUAGAAUAUGACUAUGAACAGUUCAAAAUGCAGUGAUGUAAUGUAACCUAUUGUAAUGCAUGACACACCAUGAUACUCCUCUUUCUGUAUUGAAAAAUGUUUGACCUGAUUGCAUUUUAGCCACACCAAAAAGCAUCAUUGAAAAAGUGCCAACAAUAUGACCAAUCUGAGUUCAUUUAAAAACAUUUAUGUAAAAAAUAUGGCAUUGAAAAUAGCUUUUGGAUACAUACCUGGAAUUUGACAUUUAACUGGAAUAAGAUCCCCCAAAAACCUGGAAUCUUGAGAAGGUGAUAAUGAAAAUGUAUAGUGUUAAAGAUGACUUAAAUCCUCAGUGUACAGAUUAAUAUUCAUGUUUUCCAACUUGGAACUUGCCGUCAUUGAAACUUCUAAUUCAUCUCUGUUCUAAUUCAUUUCUCUUCUAAUUCUUCUCUCCCCUAAUGCAUCUCCCUCCCUCUUCUGUUUAAAUCUCUGCUCGGUUGUGGCGAUGUUCCAUUUAUACUACUGCAUAAAUCCAUAGUUGAUUGUUUACUUGACAUGUAGCCAUGAGUUGUCUCCAAUCAAGAUGUCUUAUUUAACGUUUAACUGACUGGAAUCGGAUUCUUUUUUACAUCACUGCCUUGAGAAUUACAUUUUGAUCCUGGUGUGUUGUGUUGCAAAUCUCUGCCUCAUGCUCAUUUAGAUCAAGCACAUUUGUAAUACAUCUGUGAUGAUGACCUACAUUCUCUUGCAUAAUAAAUUGUGUUUGAAUUGAAAUGAAUGAUGUACGACUAAUCAGGUAGGAACGUUGUUGAUGUAGCACUGCUGGAACAUAAGGAGAGAUGGAGAAACGAUGUGUAUAGAAACUGUCAAAUGAGAGUUGAAGUUUUGUGUUCUGGUUUGAUGUAAAGCUUUCUAAAAUAUAUAAAACCCUUGAAUUUCCUGUA